AUGAACGAUGAAUCCGCAUCCGCUCCCGACGCGGGUCCGGCAGACCCUCAACUACCUCCCAGCAACGACGCCGCCGCAGCAACUCCAGCAACAACUCCAGCAGCUACACCACCUCCAGCUGUAGCAGGAAUCGAUGAUAACAGCCCCGCCGCCCGGCGACGGCGCCGAAUCUUCAUCCAGACGAAGAAGAAAGCCGAGUUCAUCCACGACAUCCUCGUCAAUCUAGACGUGUUAAUCUACGCCGAGCUCUGCUUCAUGUAUUACAACGACUGCUCCCUCUUCCGCUUCCUCCUCCGCUCAAUAACCCAACUCGUCUUCCUCUCCCCCGCCGCCAAGCCCCCCCCCAUCCCCGGCCCACGCCCCUACAUCCCCGCCCUCCUCUCCACAAACACCCUCUGCGCCUUCCUGCACCUCGUCACCGCGCGCCCGUCCGGGUCGGAGCUCACGCGGGGGUAUCUACAUGGGGGGAUAAUAGUCGAUUUCAUCGGGCAGCGCGCGCCGUCUACAAAAGCUGUGUUGGUGGGGUUGGAUAUCCUGAUACUGCUACUGCAGCUUGUGAUGCUGUCUGUGCAUGUUGAAGAAGCGGUGCUGAAAGCUGCGCUGGCGAAUCGCGAUGGGAUGACUGCUUAUAUAGCUGCAGGCGGCACCGGGGUCGAUGGUGCGGAGCGGGGUGCUGGGGAUUUGGAGAUGGGUACAGGCACGCAGGGCGGGGAGAUGGGGGUGGAGAUGGAGAUGCAGGAUUUAUCAGCCCCCGAGGGAGCAGGCGCGGAGGAACGCGAUGUGUUACUUGCGGAGAGGAUGAGGAGGGCGGAGGAGGGAGGGGAUGCGGGGGUUGUGGAUGCGUUUUAUACGGGGAAUGUGGUGGUGGGGACGUUUGAUGUGGUGGGGACUGUGAGGGCGCUGUGGGAGGGGGGGAGGGGGGUGGGAGGGCGCUGGUGA